UUUUUCUCCUGGACGGCACGGCAGUCUCCUUUACGGGCUUCGGCCAUUGUAAGCAUAUACAUAAAUACUAACAUAAAUUACAUUUUCUUUUUUCAGUUCUAGAUGGACUUAUAGCAACACACAAGUCCAACCAAACAAAGACGGGCCUAGCCCACUUCGUCAACCCAAAUAUAAUGUGCAUGAUUGCCUAACAAAACUCGAACGCCAAAACCAAAUGCCAUGCCAUAAAAAUUACAAGGGCAUGCAUCAAAAUUUGGAGGUUUUGAAGAUGGAUUUAUAAUUUUACAUUAUGUAACACUGAACAUAAAAAUAAGUAUUAGUGUCACCAUGAGACUCAUGUAAGAAUGUGGGCUCUUUGCUCAACGCGGUUUAAACAAAGACAAAUCCACAGUGGGCAUCCUAGCUCUUUUCAUCUGUCAUGGACCAAUAUACACAUUGCUAAGUUUGACUGAUUAGCUGAGGUAUUAAUUAACUGUAAUCAGACAUCCUCCAUCAAAUAUAAAUAAGCCAAAUUAAAGCAUUUUUGGCUUUUUCUCUGCUUUCCACGUGCACCACCUUUCUUUUUCCAAAUCUUUUUUAAAGCCUCACCACCUUGAUGAAUUUAUGUGAUAAAAUUUGUAAAGCAAAGGCAAAAGAUAGGCUUGCGCGCUCUUCAAUAAUCGGAAACUUAAACACAAAGUUGGUAUUUUCUGUCGACUUCCAUAAAGCAAAAAAUACCACUUACCACAAAUCAUACCUUUCUUCCCCUUUAAACCACAAAUGCCUACUUUUAACCCUCAAGUUUAGUAUAUCCCCUUCUCCUUCUUCACUAAGCAAAAUCAUUGCACAUUUCCAUUAUAUGUGCUGCUACAAUUUUGCAAACACCACAACAAAAAUUAAACUGCUGAGAAACUUAAAGUUCAGACAUUUGAGUAACUAGUUAAAUUCUUUGAGAGAGCGAGAUACUUGAAAUAAAGAUGGUGGCAGAUUGGGGUCCAGUGGUGGUUGCAGUGGCGAUGUUCAUCUUAUUGUCACCGGGAUUGCUAUUCCAGCUACCAGCGAGGACUCGGGUAAUUGAGUUCGGGAACAUGUACACAAGUGGGAUUUCCAUCCUAGUUCAUGCUAUAUUAUUCUUCUGUAUAUAUACAAUCUUGAUAGUUGCUAUUGGUGUUCACAUACGAUCCGGUUGAUACUACUGGCAGUUUUCUUCAUCGGCCCUGCUGCUCCGGCCAAAUCCUCAACUCUACUUGGAAGGCUUUUGCUGAAGGGAAUUCUUCUUUUAUCAACCUUUUUCUCUGUUUCUUUUCUUUUGUAGAAGUUUGAUCUUCUGAAACACUCUGACAAAGUGUUGUGCCUUAUAUAUCAAUGUUUAUCAAA